GCCAUUUCUGCCUUGCAUGUUUUCCAGUUUUCGGUCUCGGUUUUGGUUAGUGAUCGCUGUCUGCAGCUGCACAUGAGCCCCAAAAUCACACCGAGUGGCAUCUACAUCCGACAAUGGGCUGUAAACCAGUAUAAAAUGACGCUGGCCGUGGUGAUGAUGUCUGGUAUUCGUUUUACCAGCAUUCGCUUCAUCACCAUCACAGAUUGCUUCACCAUCACAAACGACAAAAUGGGCUGCAACCUCUCGACUGUUUGGCGGAAGCGCGCGCCCGCGAGCCAGCCGAGGUCUGCUGGCAGAGAUGCCGAGAAUAUGCUGGAGACUCCCGGGCCUGUCUCGGAAAUGGCCGUCAAAAAGCUGGCCGAGACGCGCCCGCCGGCCGAGACUCCGCCGCCAGCCGAGAAGCACGCUCUGACAGCCGUUCCUGAAGACGAAGUAAAGCUCGGGUCGCAGCCGUUGGCACCCGUCAGCGCGCCGCGGCGCAAGGCGAAACCCGCCACAUCCUCUAGCUACUCGUCGAGCCGGCCCAGCCGCAGCUCCUACAGCUCCAGCGGCACAUCCCACUCCGUCUACUCGGGGGACACGGGGUGCAGCUCUAGCAGCUCUGGAGGGUGUGACAGCGGCGGGGGGUCCUCGAGCUCGUGCUGUUGACGGCAGACUGCAUGCACUGCAACGGUUGUCGCAUUCUAGUGGUCAGCUGCACGUUGCGUAUGUCAGCAGCGCCGAUCUGGGGUGUGGGAUAGCCAGACGGGUGUCGGACGGGAAGUCGGACGGUUAUAAAGGCGGCUGUUUUGCUCUUCCUGCUCUUCUCUGUAGC